CUUACACAAUGACAGUUUCCGUCAGUUUAACUAGCGAAUUGUAACCGCGCUGAACAAGCUCUUUGUCGUUUCUAACUCCAGUUUAAACGAGAAUUUCAUCAUUUUGAACUAUCGAUCGGUAUCGAUUACUAUAUCAGAUACGGAGAGAGACCGUUUUUUUUUAGAUAAGUACAAGUAGUACUUGCUGUAGUUAAACUUUGAACUUUCAGCUAGAGGCCCAGUGGAGAGCUCGAGCGGCGGCUUCGAAAAGUUUGUUGUUGUCACGUGACGCUAGACGAAUGCGGCGAUAAAAGUUUGUUUAGCUAGAUAGUAAAACUAGGUGGCGUACUACAUUAUCAGACCCCAGUUGAACACCGCUUUCAUCACAAUGCCUCAACCAAAAUAUCGAAAGAUUGCUGUUUUAGGUUACAGGUCUGUAGGAAAGUCAUCUCUUACAAUACAGUUUGUGGAAGGACAAUUUGUUGACUCUUACGACCCCACCAUUGAAAACACCUUUAACAAAAUGGUCAAUGUGAAUGGUCAAGACUUUAAUCUUCAGUUGGUUGACACAGCUGGACAAGAUGAGUACUCAAUUUUUCCACAGUCCCACUCAAUGGACAUCCAUGGCUAUGUCCUUGUCUAUUCAGUGACUUCCAUGAAAAGUUUUGAAGUUGUGCAGGUUCUACAUGACAAGCUGCUAGACAUGGUUGGGAAGAUUCAGGUUCCAACUGUUCUUGUAGGUAACAAAAAAGAUCUUCACUUGGAAAGGGUUAUCAAGCCAGAGGAGGGAAAGAAACUUGCUGAUUCCUGGGGCGCUGCAUUCAUGGAGUCCUCGGCCAAGGAGAAUGAGACUGCUGUUGAGGUUUUCAAGCGGAUCAUUUUGGAGAUGGAGAAAGCUGAUGGAAAUGCGGCCCCAGAGGAGAAAAAAUGUGCUGUUAUGUAAAAGUGUAUUCAAGACAUCAGUAAGCUCAUUUGCUGAAGACAGGAGGCACAGCUUCACCAGCUGGCCGAUUGUGACCUCACCAAGAUCAAGACACUGCAGUGGAACUUUUCUGCUCCGUUGUAAUACCAGAUUGAUUUACACAGCAAGGCAGUUGCCUAGACAGUUGAUAAACUAUCCCACUCAUUGUAACCACAGGGAGAAAUUUCUUGCAGCAAUAUUCAUUUUUGUUUUAGAUAAAGAUGCACUUUCAGUGAACAUGUUCUUUAAAUAUUGAAAUGUAGUCCAUGACUAGGCAAGAACUUGAUUUUUGAAUUCAAUCAAAUGCUGAGAAAACAAGUGAAGAUUGACAAACCUUGUUAAUUGCAUCAAAAGUUUUCACCAAUGUAUUAGGAAUAACUGCUUGGAAGUCUGAUGUUUGAGACAUAUUUGGCUUGUCUCUAAACUCUGAGUAGUUGAUGUACAGUGAGGGAUGGUUAAAAAACCUUUUUAAGUACAGUUGUAUUAAUUAUUUCAGCAGGUUUUUUUGACAGUGAUGCAGUGUCAUAGUUCACAUUACUUUAAAUGUGGAUUUCUUACAAGUGGUGGAUUUCUUUGAACAGUCUGAAAUGAGAUUUCACGUAAGAAAUUUCGCUGUGGUUUCAUAGGUUCUUUUCACUGUAAUUUUUAUCACCUUAUUUUCAGGUACCUUUCACUAAUGAACUUUUGAACUGUCUCUUCAGGGGGGAGGAAUUUUUUUUUUUCUUUUCAUAUUUAACAACACAUUUUAACCUGUUCUGCUAAGCAGAUGGGCCUCUCCCAUUGUUUCUACAGUUUAAUUUCUCCUUAUUCACUGUAAUAUUAUCUUGUGGAUGCCCCUCAGAGAAAUUUAGUAUAGUUUGGAAUAGGUCUGUGGCAUUUACCAGUUAUGGUUAUGGCCUUUUUAUACAAUAUAAGUAGAAUCUUAGAACUUUGUUUGACUGUUACUGAGUGACCCACAUUAUUAUGAAAAUUGUUGAGUUACAAUUUGCCUUGUAACACUGCAAGACAAUUUAAGUGGCUCAAAGCCAUGGAGGUAUCAUAGUAGUUUUUGAACUCGUGGUUUGAAUUGUUGGUUCACACAGGCGUGAUCAAACUUGGCCAGGAUGGCAUUCAGCCCAUUUAAUUCAUAUUGUGGACUUGCAUGGUCACUGUCAGACACUUAAGAUCCUCAACGACUUGUUUAGCUCAUGUAGCCUUACGAAAACUGACAGUCUGGAUUUUUCCCCUCAUAAUUCGCAUGUUGUACAUGUAGUGGAUAAUUUGAACUUUGCUGAGUAAUUCGUUACUUGAUGGUGGUUGAACACAAGCUGGUGAUGCUGUUCCUUGUGCCUUGCAGUUCUUCAAAUUCCCAUCUGCUUCCCUUCAUGACUUAAGGUGCUUUCCCCCCUCUUCCAUGCAGGUGAUGGUGUUCACUUGAACACUAAUAUUAAGUCGAUGUUAAUUCAAAAAUCUUGCUGUAAACAGUUUUGUAUAUGAAUAAAUCGGUUACUCAUUUGA